AUGGAAAUGGCUGGGCAUGCCGUUAAUGUCGUGAAGGCUGAGAAGGACGAGCAAGAGGUCGAGAUGGAGCAAGAGGAACUCUUCUCUGAGAUCAUGGCGGAUGGCAUGAACGGCAGUGCCAUCUUCUGUUCGUCAGAAGAUGAAGUGGAUAUGGACGACACAGAGGAAACGGUGCCAGCAACAGAGUCAGCACUCGCGAGCAAGCUGUCUGGCCAAGAGGUGGCAAGCGCAAAGCCGACGACCAAAGCCGCAGGAGCCAGCGAUCAGGGUGGAGCUGCAGUGCCCCAGAUCAUUGCACCCUCACGUGUGACCACGGAUCCUGUAACUGCAUUCAAGAGCCUUGCAGUCAAAGCACCGCCCCAAAUGCCGGACACGCAUCUGCAGCCGGCUGCAAAUGCAGUUGCAGCCCCAAUGGCCCCUGGCCCAGUCCACAAAGCACCUCCCACGACAGUGGCCUCUCCCGUCCCAGAUCUGGCAGUUCCUGUAGUCGCGGCAGUGCAACAGCAAGAGGCAGCAGCAGUCCCCAUCCCACCCGCAGUGCCGCCACAGCAGGAUGCAGCAGUCCCCGACCCUCGGCAAACAGCCCCGAACAGCGCAGCAACCGCGCAGACGCUGCAGGAAGCACCGGGCACGGCAGGAUUGAACCCAGCUCCGGCAGCAUGCCACGUGCCACCUGUGCAAACAACCCCGAACAGCGGAGUAACUGCUCUAGUACUUGCGCAGACACAGCAUGCAGCACCAGGCACGGCAGCUCCAGCACCAAGCCUCAUGCCACCUCCGCAACAGCAGCCAACCAAAGAUGCAAUAGACCGUCGCAUGAGAAGGAUCAUGGCGGUAAGUAGCAAUGGCACUUACAAAGUGUCUGAGCAUAUACGCACCUUGUGGAACAAUUUGAACACACGGAACCAAGUGGUGGAUAUGUUCGCCGCCGUCGACUGGGACCCGGAACAGGAGCUGGCCAUUCGGGGUGGGCCAGGUGAUGAGAGCAUGACGAUGGAUGUGGAUGCGGUUAUGCUGCAGCCCCAAAAUGCUGUUCCUACAACGAGUGAGCUCUCGGAUCCAGCCCGGAGGGCCGACGUGACGAACGAGGAAACCAUGAAAGAGGUGCAGCAGGCGAAAAAGAAGGUGACUACCACGCUGGAUAGGAUGGAUGAGAAGCUCACACAGAUGUACAAUGCGGUGGAAGAGAAGAUCAGCAAGCUGGAGGAUCUGCACAUGACAGGUGUCGUGGACGGAUGGGAGGAGAGCCAUGGCUGCAAUUGUCUCAGUGGAUGCGAAAUACCAAUAAUGGAGGCAGCCUGCUCUAUAGGAUCCCGAAGCCCAGAUAUAAAACCGAAAACCAGUAUACUCCUGAAAUCCAAAAGGCAAAAGCGGAAUCCCCUAAAACAGCUUGCCGUUCUAUAUAGGUAUAUAACCCUGACCCUCUACAAGACUUAUCGGGUUCUGCAUAUAAUUGGACUAUAA